CACUGAACGGCUGCAUGCCAAAACAUCAUAUGUCAUAGAUUAUCAUUUGCACUGCAUUAUACAUAAGUAAUAAUGUUUAAUCAAUGUAUAAAUAAUUAGCCUGUUGCGAUCAGUGUCAUACUCGAAAUACAAAUGUUAUGUCGCAUUGACAUAUAUCACAGAUACGGAAUGCAUUUAAAUAAACAUUUUACUUUUUAUGUAUAAUAAUAUAAACGUAAUCUUUAUAUAUUAUUUUGUCUAUAUAUACAUGUAUAUAUAGACAAAAUAAUACCAACUUAUUUGCGGAACGUUGUUGGUUAAUCGCUAUCAAUUUCCUCCGAGAACAGGAAAACCUGCACACACAAGAUCCGGUUUAAGCACGGUGUUUUCGUCGCUUAUCCCUCCCGUGUUCGUGCACGGGAUUGUCCCAUAUUUCAUGAACGGAUCCUGCGGUCGUUCGAAGGCGACGAUCGUUUAUCGUCAGACAGACCAUCGUAUCCUCCGUGAUUCCCCUAUAAAUGCAGGCAUCAAGAAACUCAGCUACGCAAAGAUCCGCCGUACGUUGUCUCGGGAACAACGUUGCGCUUAUUCUCCUCGUUUCCGCUCUUGACACUUCGAUACCAACUUUCGAAGAGUACGAAUCGCGUGAUCGAUUUUGUCGAAUUUUAGUGCGCGCACUCAUUGCUAUUCAACAUGAGUAAGAAAACGGACAUCUUGUACCUGUUUGAUCGACCGGCAGAGCCGGUGUACGUGCCCAAGGGAGAGAACAAAGUCGCUUUCGAUGUACCAGCUAACUACUUGCCUGAGUCUCGGCAACAGAAUGCUCCCGCAAUUGUGAAUCGUUUCGCCGAUGAUACCGUGAGCAAAGUUCCAGUGAAGCAAAUCAGUCUACCUGACUUGAGCGUCCCCCUUCAACUUGGACGUCGAGAACCCUUCUCCCUUUUCAUCCCUAAGCACCGAAAAUUAGCCGCGCGACUUAUCGACAUCUUCAUGGGUAUGCGAACGUACGAUGACUUUCUCUCGGUGACGGUUUACUGUCGCGAUCGCGUCAAUACCCAGAUGUUCAUCUACGCGCUCUCGGUGGCGAUUCUGCAUCGUCCCGACACCAAGAACUUAUCGAUACCACCGCUGUCGGAAAUUUUUCCGGACAAGUACGUCGACAGCGGGAUAUUUGCCAGAGCGAGGGAGGAAGCUAAUGUUGUACCGCCUGGCUCCAGGCUGGCUAUCGAAAUUCCACGGGAUUAUACUGCGUCGGAUCUUGACGAGGAGCAUCGCGUGGCUUAUUGGAGAGAAGAUAUCGGGAUCAAUCUUCAUCACUGGCACUGGCAUCUGGUCUAUCCAUUUGAGACCGACAUCAGGAUUGUUAACAAGGAUCGGCGUGGCGAGCUGUUCUACUAUAUGCAUCAUCAGAUUCAAGCCAGAUACAAUUGCGAGCGUCUGUGCAACCGAUUGGGCCGAGUGAAGCGCUUCCACAAUUGGCGCGAGCCAAUCCCGGAGGGUUACUUCCCCAAGUUGGACUCGUUGGUGGCCAGUCGCACUUGGCCCGCCCGCCCCGCCGGCGCCAUUCUCAAGGAUAUCAACCGUCCCGUGGACCAACUGAACUUCGACCUUCAAGAUCUGGAGAGAUGGCGCGAUCGCAUCUACGAGGCCAUUCACACCGGCGCUUACAUCAGCCCCCGCGGCGAGAGGGUGCCUUUGACCGAGUUCGGCGGUAUAGAUGUGCUCGGUAACAUCAUGGAGGCCAGUAUCCUCUCGCCUAAUCAAAACGUAUACGGAGACCUUCAUAAUCUCGGCCACGUCGCCAUCUCUUACUGCCACGACCCUGAUCAUCGCUACUUGGAAACUUUCAGCAUCAUGGGAGAACCGGCGACCGCCAUGAGAGAUCCCAUCUUCUACAGAUUCCAUGCUUUCACCGACGAUAUGUUCCUAGAGCACAAGAAUACACUUCCCGAGUACAGCCUACAGCAGUUGGACUUCCCGGGUGUAGAAAUCACGGACGUAGGAGUGCAGACUCCGAAUCAACCGGCGAAUCUACUUUCGACCUUCUGGACCAAGAGCGACGUCGAUCUGUCUCGCGGUCUGGACUUCACUCCUCGCGGUCCAGUUCUCGCAAGAUUCACCCAUCUGGAUCACGCCGACUUUACGUACAGAAUCGUCGCCAACAAUCGUAACAACGCACCGCGACGAGGAACCGUUCGUGUAUUCAUCGCACCCAAGCAAGACGAACGUGGAUUGCCCUAUGUCUUCAGAGAUCAGAAGGAGCUCAUGAUCGAGAUGGACAAGUUCACUGUACUACUGAGGCCGGGAUCGAACACCAUCGAGCGUAAAUCAACGGAUUCUUCGGUAACUAUACCGUUCGAGAGGACGUUCCGCAAUCUCGACGAGAACAGACCAAUCGGCGGCGAUAACCUGGAAGAGUUCAACUUCUGCGGGUGCGGCUGGCCGCAGCACAUGCUGGUACCUAAGGGGAACAAGGAGGGAUUCCCUAUGGACCUCUUCAUCAUGAUAUCCGAUUACACCGGUGACGCGGUGGAGCAGGACGAAUCGACCGGAUGCAAGGACGCGGCGAGCUUCUGCGGCCUGCGGGACCGCAAGUAUCCGGACGCGCGUCCCAUGGGCUAUCCGUUCGAUCGCAGAGCUCGCACUGGCGUGGAGAACCUGGCCCAAUUUCUGACCGGCAAUAUGGCAGUCCGGCAGAUCACCAUUCGCCACGCGGACACCGUGUUGCCGCGCGUGCGAUCCGGAAGUAUGAGCAACACCCUCACCUUCGCCUGAUUCGACGACCGACCGACCAACCGACCGACCGCUCGCGCAACUCCGCCAAGAAUUCUAGCGUCUCCGUUCUCCGCCGCGCAUUCCCAGUAGAGCGGGCCUGUAAUAUCCGUCGUGGAAUCGUGACUGAUUGCGUGGAAGUCCGACACCUAGUUCCAUAUCCUCGGAUGGCGAACGCUGGAAUGACGGCGGCGGCGGGUCGGGAGCGGAUAAAAAGCCGGAGGUCGACGAAACGCUAUUUCCAUAUCUCUCGACGGCGGUAGAUUAUCUUAGGGAGCGAGAGCGAGAUUCUUCGUGGACAUGCACGAGCUUGUGCGUUUUAUAAUAAUCGCUAAAAUUUCCCACCCGACACCGCAAAAUCGAGUCAAAUUUCAACGGAAUCAAGGCUAUCUUGUGUAGAACGUAUCUUCUUUAAUCUCGAAACACUUUACGGAUAUUUUUAUACUUUAAUCAUUUUCCCUCUGUUAGCCCCUUUAUUUCGAUACAAUAUAAAUAUCCAUGUCUAUGUAAACCAAUGACAUAUAACUAGUUUUAAAUUUUGUAAAUGUCAUGUUAUAAAAAAAAAAUUUCUUGUGAGCCGCGUUUGAAUAUUUCCUUAGACGAACUUGUAAAAGUUGUUUUAUUUACGAUUUCAUAACUUGCGCAUCCACUAGCAAUGAGUACCGCUUAACAAAUGUAUUUUUGUGUAAAAAUGGGGAACAAAGACGUGUUCUGAACGCUCAAGCGAAGCUUUUCCCCCGUCUUCUUUCUCUCGUUUCACUCGCAUUACAGGAACUAGAUUGUAGAAAGCAGCAAAUGUAAAAAGCAAAAAAAGAUAAAAAUAAAGUUUAUGCAAAUUA